UCGAGACAAACCUCGACCAAGCGUCUUCAAUCUCUCGACAGGCUCUCGAGAACACAACGCACUCAUUGAGCCCCGAAACCUCCGCGUUGGCUCACUGGGAAAAAAAGAUAUUGUCUUGAACACGACAGACAAUUCCGACCGACACCUUCGAGGCUUAGGUAGCCCGGCAAACACAGCCACACCUCGUUUGCGCCCCGGGGCAGAGGCCAGUAAUUCCGAAGCACACAAUGUCGAAGCGCAAGAUCGAAGACGACUUUGUCUACACACUCUCCGACAACGACGAUGCCGGCGUAGAAGAGGAGGGUGGUGCCUCUGGCGCGGCGGCGGCGGGAGAGCAGCCGCCCAAGAAGAAGAGCAAGAAGGCCGCCGCUGCUGGGUCCAAGAAGCAGCAGAAGCAAGCCAAGAACAAGAACAAGAAGGGAAACAACAAGAGAGGCUCCAAGAACGACGAGGAUGAGGAGGACGAAGAGUUGGACCUCGGCGGCCGUGCUGCCGUGGCGGACGAGGACGAGGACAAGCCCGACGACGACGGCGCGAUGGACUCGGACUUUGAGUUCAUGCUUGACGGCACCGCGGACUUCCGUGACGAGGACUUUGAGGGCUGGGGGUUCGACGGGGCCACGAAGGCUGGCGUCAAGGGCGGCGAUAAGAAGGCGGUCGACCUGAAUGAGAUAAUACGCAAGCGGCGUGUCAAGAAGGGCGAGGUCGUGGACGAGCCUGAGAACGGCGCCGAUGCUGCGAAGGAGGAUGACGAGGAGGACGAGGAUGAAGUCGAGAUUGACCUUGACGAUGAUGAUGACGAGGUUCUCGCUGCGGAUGGCUUCGGUAUGGGUGCCGACUCUGCGGACGAGUCUGGCGAGGAUGCGCUGGAAGAAGGUGACGAGGAUGAUGAGAGUGAUGAGGGCGCAGAGGAUGACGAGGACGAGGACGAUGAGGCUGCCUCUGACGACGACUCCGUGGCCACGCCGAAUGAACACCCCGACGACGAUGCGCAAGACUCGGACUCGGACGACGAGGAAGAUGCAGAGGAGGCAGCCAAGCGCGAGGCCUUCUUCGCGCCAGAGGAGGCCGAGGACAAGACCAAGAGCGGCUCUGCUUCUUCGUCAUUCAGAGAACUCUACCUCUCUCGACCUCUCCUCCGCGGCCUCAACGCUGUCGGCUGGACUGGCAAGCCCACGCCCAUCCAGUCCAAGUCGAUACCCAUCGCCCUCGAGGGCAAGGAUCUCGUCGGUGGCGCCGUCACUGGUUCAGGAAAGACUGGUGCUUUCGUGCUGCCCAUCCUCGAGCGCCUGCUGUACCGACCCAAGAAAGUGCCGACCACGCGCGUCGUCAUCCUCACGCCCACCCGUGAGUUGGCCAUCCAGGCUCACGCCGUCGCCACCAAGCUCGCCAGCUACACAGACAUCAAGUUCUGUCUGGCUGUCGGUGGUCUCAGCUUGAAGGUCCAGGAGGCCGAGCUGCGCCUGCGCCCCGACGUUAUCAUCGCCACCCCCGGAAGAUUCAUCGACCACAUGCGCAACUCGGCCAGCUUUUCGACCGACAGGGUCGAGAUUCUCGUGCUCGACGAGGCCGACCGCAUGCUCGAGGACGGUUUCGCCGACGAGCUCAACGAGAUCCUCACCACGCUGCCCAAGUCUCGCCAGACGAUGCUCUUCUCCGCGACCAUGACGUCCUCUGUCGACCGGCUCAUCCGCGUCGGCAUGAACAAGCCGGUGCGGGUGAUGGUCGACUCACAGAAGAAGACGGUCGACAAGCUCGAGCAGAAGUUUGUGCGCCUCCGGCCCGGCCGCGAGGACAAGCGCAUGGGCUACCUCGUGCACAUCUGCAAGACCAUGCACAGCGAGCGCGUCAUCAUCUUCUUCAGGCAGAAGAAGGAGGCGCAUCGGGCGCGCAUCAUCUUUGGGCUGCUCGGCAUGUCGUGCGCCGAGCUUCACGGUAGCAUGAACCAGGCACAGCGUAUUUCAAGUGUCGAGGAGUUCCGUGACGGCAAGGUAUCAUUCCUCUUGGCUACAGAUCUUGCGUCCAGAGGUCUCGAUAUCAAGGGCAUCGACACGGUCAUCAACUACGAAGCACCCCAGUCUGUGGAGAUUUACAUUCACCGUAUCGGCCGUACUGCCAGAGCAGGCCGGUCCGGUGUCGCCGUGACGCUGGCGGCCGAGCCGGACCGCAAGGUCGUCAAGGCCGCAGUCAAGGCCGCCAAGGCGCAGAACGCCAAGAUCAGCAGCGUGGUCAUCGACCCGACGGAUGCGGACAAGUGGCAGGACAAGGUUGACGAGAUGGAGGAGGAGAUUGAGUCGAUCAUGGUGGAGGAGAAGGAGGAGAAGCAGCUGGCCAACGUGGAGAUGCAGAUCAAGAAGGGCGAGAACCUGAUGGCGCACGAGGAGGAAAUCAAGGGCCGGCCGAAGCGGACGUGGUUCGAGACGCAGCACGACAAGCAGAAGGCCAAGGACGCCGGGCGGGCCGAGCUCAACGGGCUCAAGGAGUCGCUCAAGGCCAAGGGCAAGAAGCUGAGCAACAAGGACCGCAAGAAGCUCGACGCCAAGACGGACCGUGCCGAAGGCCGGGCGUGGAAGAAGGGCUCGGCGGAGCGGGCGGGCAAGGGGGCCGUGCUCAACUUCAAGAAGGACAAGUCGGCAAAGGGCGCCAAGGGCAAGCCCAAGGGGAAGAAGAGGUAGACUCGAGACGCUGUCUGGGGCUCGAGAGGUUUACGUGUACAUACAUACAAAAAUUCAGCCACAAAGUGGACAAAGUGCCGAGAG